AUGCCUGCUACCACGGCGGAGACCCUCUCCCUCGUCUCGAAGACCGUCACUGUCGCUCCUCUCGUUCUUCUUUCCGUCGCAGAUCACUAUGGACGUACUGCCAAGGGGACUAAAAAGCGUGUUGUGGGUGUGCUUCUAGGAGAGAAUACUGGCCAGACGGUUCGGGUAUCAAACAGCUUUGCUGUUCCGUUCGAAGAAGAUGAAAAAGAUCCGUCGGUUUGGUUUUUAGAUCACAACUUCAUCGAGUCCAUGAGGGACAUGUUCAAGAAAAUCAAUGCUCGUGAGAAGCUUAUCGGAUGGUACCAUUCGGGUCCGAAACUGCGUGCCUCUGACCUGGAGAUCAACGAGUUGUUCAAGAAAUACACACCUAACCCCUUGCUGGUUAUCGUCGAUGUGCAACCGAAGGAGGUUGGCGUCCCUACAGAUGCCUACUUUGCUGUUGAUGAGAUUAAGGAUGAUGGUACUACAACUUCGCGAACGUUCGUCCAUACCCCAUCUGUAAUCGAGGCCGAGGAAGCGGAGGAAAUUGGUGUGGAGCAUCUUCUUCGCGACAUUAGAGAUGUGGCCGUCGGAACCCUUUCUACUCGGAUAACUUCGCAACUCCAGUCGUUGCAGGGAUUGCAUUUGCGACUCCGUGACAUCGGCCAAUACCUCCAGAAGGUCCUCGACCGUGAACUUCCUGUGAACCACGCUAUCCUGGGUCAUCUCCAGGACGUCUUCAACCUGCUUCCCAACUUGUCGACACCAUCCACAGGACCACGGAUCAGCGGUACGGAGACACAGACUGAGAACAGCGAGCUAGCACGGGCAAUGAGCAUCAAGACCAACGACCAAAUGAUGGCCAUUUACAUCAGCAGUCUGAUCCGCGCGAUCACGGCGUUCCACGACUUGAUCGAAAACAAGAUCCAAAACCGGCAGCAACAAGAAGAGAACGAGUCGAAGAAGGAGCAGGAGGUGAAUGCCAUUAAGGCUGAAAAGGAAGAGGGUGCAAAGAAAGCCAGUGGGGCAGGGAAUGGCGAAAAGAAGGAGCAGGAUAGUUCCAAGGAGAAGUCAUCUAAGAACUAA